AUGCCGACCGCUCGCGUGUGCGGCCCGCAGAUCGUUUUUGACGAGGUCGAGCCGCGCAGCGUGCUGGUGUCGUGCCGCGACGAGCGCCGCUACUUUGUGGACUUCCAGUCCGCGGAGGACUGCCUGCUAUUCAGGACGGUGUGCUAUGACGUCAGCAUGGGGGCGCUGGACGGGACCAUCCUCAAGCGCAGCAAGGCCGGCACCUUUGGGGAGCGGUACGCGAUCCUCACCCCGCGCAAGCUGUUCAUCUUGCCGAGCAAGGUGGCCGUCUACCCCAGCAACGUGGUGUCCCUAGUAGACGUGUCCCCGCGGUUCGACGAGGUCAAGGGCACGCUGCACUUGGACGUCGCGGGGCGCGAGUUUGUGCUCAAGGGCGAGGACAGGGACGAGGCGCAAGAGUGGUUUGUGGCCAUCGCCAACAGCGCCACCAGCAGGUACCCGGGCGAGGAGGACGGCGGCCCCCACGACCGCCCUGGCGCCCCCCGGGUCUUCAGCCCAGACGGCGGCGACGCGCCGCUGCAGCAGCACCCCCCGCCCUUCGCCGGCCUCAUCCAGGCGUCGGGCCGGGGAUCCCCCCAGCGCCCGCUGCGCGCGCCAACCCCCGGCAGCGAGUAUGGCGGGUCCGGGCGCGGCGGCAGCGCGCGGGGCGAUGACAACGGGGAGGACGCGCCGGCCAGCGACGGCGGCUACGCGCCGUCGUGGCAGCUGGGCGGCGCAGGGGAUGACGACGGGCAGAUCGAGGGCGAUGGGGGGACACCCGACCAUCAUCUGGACCCGCCCCUUGAGUCCGCGCAUCCCGGGGACUUCGACCCCUCGGCUCUGCACGGCCGCACUGCAAGGGGUCGCUGGGGCGGCGCGGGCGGCGCACGCGGGGCGGGCACACCGCCGCCAGCGGCCGGCGCCUCGCACGACAGCGCCGCGGCGAGGCAGUGGGGUCUGCAGCAGCGGCGCCAGCAGCAGGCGCCGGGGGGCGGCUGGAGCGGCAGCGGUGGCGGGCAGCAGCGAGCCGCGGGCUUGCCUGGGCGCGCGCCCAACCUGCGGCCACGUCUGCAGCAGCAACAGCAGCAAGAUGAGCUCGAGUACCUGCCAGAGGACAUCCCUGAGGGCGCAGGGGUACCGACGCCCCGCCACCAGCCACAAGCAGGGCACAACAGGUUCUCAGCCCGGGGCGCCGCAAGCCCCAUCGGUCAAGCGACCGGCCCCGCCAGGCCCCGCAGCGCCGACGGCGGCGGCGCGCGCGCGCUGCGCCGCGGCGGCUCUGACCUCGGGACGAUUGUCGAGAGCGACGAUGAGGCGGACGGCGGCGCCGAGCUCAGCGGCCGCCAGCCGCAACAGCAGCAACAGCAGCGGGAGCAGCUGCAGGGGCAGCGGGGUGUCAUCAAAUCAAAAGGUGCCGGCGACGGCGACAGCGGCGGCUCAGAGGCGGGGGAGGACGGCCCCCUGGCCGAUUACGGUCGCCUGAUUGAUGCACGCCAGGCCGCAGCCGAGGCAGCCGCAGCGGCCUCCGAGGCGGCGGCCGCGCUUGACCAGGCGACCGACCAGCUGCGGCUCGCUGCGGCCAUGGACGCGGGGGCGCGGGCGGCCUUGGACGCGGCAGAGGCAAUAGCAGAGGCGCUCGCGCGGCAGCUCGACGAGCUGCGGGGCAAGCAGGAUGCGGCAGCCACACGGGAAGGCGACGCCGCCGCCACGGCAUUUACGCCGCUGGGCAGCGGCCGCUACUCGCCGGACUGGACGCGCGCGUCGAUGGCUGGGCUGUACGCGCCGCCGCCGGCCCGGACUGGGCAGUCCGCGUGGGCCGGGUCGCAAGAGGGCUACAUCAUCCCCUCGGUGCUGCGCGCGGUGGUGGACAGCCCCGAGGGGCGGGAGCUGCUGCGGCGGCUGAACGGGGCCGGCGCGACGCACCACCAGCGGUGCAUGCGCAUGAUGGCGUGGGCGUUUGAGGUGUACCGGCACAUGCCCACCGGCUCCCUGAGGGCGACGCCCGGGGGCUCAUGGCAGAGCCCAGACCCGACGGAGGGGCUCAUGGACGCCGGCUCGGUCUGGUCGACGGUGCAGCGCACGUACCCGCUGCAGCAGACGCAGCAGCGGCUCGCCACGCAGCAGCGGCCGCGGCCGUGGCCGCGGGACCAGGAGAGGGCGCGCAGCGGGCCCGGCGUUGUCCCUGAAGCCGAGGGGGCGGGGGCAGCUGGCUGCGAGUGCUGCAACGCGAGGCUGCGGACGGCACGUCAAGGAGCUGCAGGGUGGGACCGGGAGCUCCAGCCGCGAGCGGUGUGGCAGCAGCAGCAGCAGCAGCAGCAGCAACAACAGCAACAGCAGCAGCAGCAAGGGCAGCAGCAGCAGCAGCAACAGCAGUGGCAGCAGCAGCAGCAAGCGCAGCAGCAAGCGCAGCAGCAGCAGCAGCAGCAAGUGCAGCAACAGCAAGCGCAGCAGCAGCAACAGCAGCAGCAGCAGCAGCAGCAGCAGCAGCAGCAGCAGCAGCAGCCGCAGCAGCAGCCGCAGAAGCAGCAGAAGCAGCAGCAGCAGCACCAGCCGCAAGUAGCGAGCACAUCCGCCUUGCCGCACCACCUCACCAUGGCCGUGCCAUCACAGCAGGCGGGUGCCUUGGGGGCACCGCUGGUGUGGGCCACCGAGCUGGGUGAGAUCUGUGCAGACCUGUCAGAAUGGGUGCCAGGCCUGGCAGUCACCAUCAGGGUCAGGCGACAAAACGCGCAGCAGCAGCAGCAGCAGCAGCAGCAGCAGCAGCAGCAGCAGCAGCAGCAGCAGCAGCAGCAGCAGCAGCAGCAGCAGCAGCAGCAGCAGCAGCAAAGAGAACGCUGCGCCGAGGGCGAGGAGCCCAGGGGGCCGCGGCACCCUGCAGGGUUGGCGCCCUGGGCGCACCCCACUUGUGGAAUCCCGCCGGGCGGCCCCUGA